CGAGAAGACUCAAAUUGAAAGCUUCACAUGCUGUUUAGGAGCCAUGUGGAUAUGAACAAACUGAUCUGAGACGGGUUUGACUCACGGUUGUUGUCUGGAGUAGCAGCAGACUGUCCAGAGACAUGAACAAAUUUUAUUCGAUGCAGGCGGUGGAGCCGGAGAAUGGGACCAAAUCUAAAGAGUCCUUCAAGUUUGUGUCGGAGGUGAAGAGAGAUGUGUGGAGGGAUGGCGGAGAGGGGCGAUCAGAGCCCUCCUGUUGUCUGAGUGUCAGCAAGAUCUCCUACACAGUCAGUGAGCGUGUGGGUCCGUGGUGGGACUUACCCUCCUACAGGAAGCGAUGGACUCGUCAGAUCCUCAAUGAUGUCUCCUUCCACGUGGACAGUGGGCAGAUCAUGGGCAUAUUGGGCAAUUCAGGCUCGGGGAAGACCACACUGCUGGAUGCCAUCUCGGGUAGGAUUGGAAACUGCGGUACGCUGCAGGGUGACGUCUUCGUUAACGGCAUGAAACUGAAGAGAGAAGAGUAUCAGGACUGCUUCUCCUACGUACUGCAGAGUGAUAACUUAUUAAGUUAUCUGACAGUGGAGGAGACUUUGACCUACACAGCUCAGCUAGCCCUGCGGAAACACUCGGCCGAAGCCAUCAAGAAGAAGGUGUCGGCGGUGAUGGCUGAGCUGAGUCUGACUCAUGUGGCCCACAGUGUUAUCGGAGGCCGUGUUUUCCCAGGGAUCUCUGGGGGCGAGAGGAGGAGGGUCUCAAUCGCCAGCCAGCUACUUCAGGACCCAAGGGUGAUCCUAUUGGAUGAGCCAACCACCGGGCUGGACAGCAUGACCGCCAAUCAGAUUGUGGUGCUGCUGGCAGAGCUGGCCAGGAGGAACCGUAUCGUCAUAGUAACUAUCCACCAACCACGCUCCGAGCUCUUCAGGGUGUUCAGCAGGAUAGCUAUAAUGAGUUGUGGAGAGCUGGUGUUCUGUGGGCAGCCAGAAGAGAUGGUGGACUUCUUCAGUCAAUGUGGAUAUGAGUGUCCAGAGUACUGCAACCCCUUUGACAUCUAUGUUGACUUCACAUCAGUGGACACACGCAAUAGCGAGAGGGAAGCGGCCACCCUCAGUCGCAUGCAUGAGAUCACAUCAUCCUAUCAGAGGUCUGCCAUCUACCAGAACAUGCUGGGAAAAAUGGAGCAGAGCCUGCAGCGGACAGACAAGCCAGUCAUCCCCUUUAAGAGCAAAGAGUCACCCAGCGGUGCAGCAAAACUGGAAGUUCUGCUCAGGCGAACAGUCAGAAACCUGUCCAGAGACCGGAUGGGUGUCCUGAUGCGUUUGUCGCAGAACCUGAUCUAUGGUCUCUUCGUGGCCUUCUUCGUGAUGCAUUUAGACAACGAUGUCAGCAAGGGUGCUGUGCAGGACCGCAUUGGCAUCAUCUAUCAGAGUAUUGGUGCUUCGCCCUACACUGGCAUGCUGAACGCUGUGGCUCUCUUCCCAGCGUUGCGAGCCAUCAGUGAUCAGGAGAGUCAGGAUGGUCUGUACAGUAAAUGGCAAAUGUUUUUGGCCUACAUCUUCCACAUCCUGCCCUUCAGCAUCCUCAGUGUUUUCAUCUUCACCUCAUUUCUAUACUGGACGGUGGGGAUGCACCCGGACAGCAUGCGCUUCCUGUGUUACUCUGCUGUAGUGCUGGUGCCACAUAUUACAGGUGAGUUGCUGACUGUGGUGCUAUUAGGAGUGGUCCAUGACCCAAACAUGGUCAACACUGGAGUGGCUCUGCUCAAUAUCGCAGGGAUCUUGGUGGGAUCUGGCUUCCUAAGAAGCACCCAGCAGAUGCCGCCGGUCUUCCAGUGGCUCAGCUAUCUGACCUUCCAGAAGUACAGCUGUGAGCUGCUCAUAGUCACCGAAUUCCACGGUCUCAACUUCACAUGCAAUAAUCCCAAACCUUUGCCAGGAUCCUGUAUAAUCACUCAGGGCAAUCAGAUCAUUGAUGAGGGCUAUCCUGGCGCUCUGUCCAGAUACACACUAGACUUCGUUCUCCUCUACUCCUUCCUCCCUGCUCUCCUGCUGCUGGGCAUGAUCAGCUUCAAGAUUAGAGACAAGCUUGUACGUCACUAAAACCACAGACACACAUUUGUACGAGAAUCUUCUGCUUAAACAAACGGAGCUCUGUUGGGAAGAUGUAAAACAGGUUUGGAAAAUAGAUUUACAGCAUGAUGUUAGUCUGAAGAUGAUAAGUACUGAAGUGCUGUAUGUGCUAUGUUUGCACCAGUUUCACCAACAGUCAAAAACAUUCCUGUAUGAGUACUCACCUUAAAGCUUUACAAAGUAAGUAUUAUUAAACUGAGAGCAAUGGUGCAAGCACAAAGAGCUGCUGGACUUUUUCUCAUAAAAAUUUCAGGGAAGGAUGCAAGGUGUACAGAACAGCAGGGUUAAUCUGUGUUCCCAUUGACAUUAAACCACCUGAAAUGACAGCCAGUAACUGAGUGGUCCUACUAUUGAAAAGCACUGCUAAACAACCUGCUGCUUUAACACUGACUGGGCUCAAAUAACUGCAGAAGCAGCACAGAUUUAACCUUAAGUCUUGUACAGUUUAAACAGGAAGUGUAUGACUAG